UCCGGAAAAGAGGAAAAACAAAAACAAAAAAUAAAACGCCGCCGAGCUCUUCUCCGGCGACGGCAGCGGCAAGCGGCGGCGAAACCCUAGAGGCGGGCUAUCCGUCGAUCCCCACCGGUGUGCGGACGCGGGAGCCUACGCCGCUUUCUCCGGCCGCGCGUCCCACCCACCGCGGGGCGCGGUGGGGCGCAGAGAUGCGGAGGGCGAUGAGGAGCGUGGACGAUCUGAUCGAGGAGGCCAAGGUGCGCACCGUGUGGUGGGCGCUCUGCGUCUUCGCCAUCUCCUACUUCAUCACCCAUACAAGUAAAUCAAUGUGGACAAAUGUUCCCAUGUCCAUUCUUAUACUUGCAUUUCUCCGUUACCUCUCCUUCAAAGUGGAGUUUCGCUGGAGAAGUCAGCCUGUACCUAAGCAGACAUAUUUGUCUCAAGCAUCAAAACGGCAGUUGUCUGCUAAUGAUCACCGGCUCUCAACUGUGCCACCAGUUUCGAGAUGGAGAAGGAAAGUCGGUUCACCUUCUGUUGAGGCUGCUUUUGAAAGUUUCAUUGAUAAUAUUUUGCGGGACUUCGUUAUGGAUUUGUUUUAUUCUGAUAUUACUCCUGAUAGAGAGGCCCCUGAACUGAUACGUGGCUUAAUACUCCAUGCUCUUGGUGAAGUAUCAGGAAGGGUGAAGGAGAUGAAUCUAGUUGACUUUCUAACAAGCGACAUGGCUGAUUUAAUAGGAAAGCAUGUUGAUAUAUUCCGAAAAAAUCAGUUGCAAAUUGGUGUUGAUGUCAUGGGAACAUUGUCUUCUGAGGAAAGAGAUGAGAGAUUGAAGCAGCACCUAAUAGUUUCACAGGAACUUCAUCCUGCACUGUUAUCUUCAGAGCAUGAAUACAAGGUUCUUAAAGAACUAGUUGGAGGCGUUAUGGCCCUAGUGUUGAGACCACAAGAUGCACAGAGUCCAUUAGUUCGUUGCUUCUCCAGGGAACUCGUGACGUGCCUAGUCUUGCAGCCAGUGAUGAACUUUGCAAGUCCUAUUUAUGUGAACGAGUUAAUUAUCUACUUUCUAAACAACAAAGACACAGACGUUGGAGGCAGCGUAAGCAAGGCGAAUGCUGUAGUGUCUGUAGCAAACGAUCAUCCGUCUUGUAAAGGAGGUUCACAGGGUCGUCAAGUAGAACCAAUAAAGUUGUCUACAGAAUCAAGUGGCUUAGUACCAGCAAGUACUUCGGGGAUGACGUCACUUGAGGGCGACAAGUCGAAAGUGUCAGUGGAUGACCAUGGGAAGGUUGUACAGCCUCGUCAGGCAGACUGGGCACUGGUAUUGGAUGCAGCUACUGAACGACGAUCUCAGGUUCUUGCUCCAGAGAAUCUUGAGAAUAUGUGGGCGAUUGGGAGAAAUUACCACAAGAAAAUGGUGAAAGUGGAACAUCCGUCAAAGGGAAAAGGUGCAGGAAGUGUAGAUAACAUUCGAAAUGCAGGAGCAGCGGGGAAAGAGUUAUCACCUAACUUCAAUGAAAGAAUUACUUCUGUUGAUGACAAAUACAUGGUCAAUUUGAUGCAAGGUUCAAAUAGGAAUGCACAAUCUACUUUUGUCACAGGCAGUCACCCACUUGUGCAAAAUACAGAUGAAGUGAAAUCAAAAGAGCAGAGCCAAGUUAAUGACAACAGCAAGGUAAAACACAGUGAAGCCAUCAAGAACACAAAAGCUCAGCUAAAGCGGUCUAAUAGUAGUCCUGAUAUGGAGAAAAGACAUUUGUCCAAAAGUAACCAAACCGCGAUUUCCAGUGAAAGCUUAAGUGCAAGGAAAAAUCAUGAUGACAAAGGUUCUGGGCCUUCCUCACAUGGUGAGGCACUAAUUUAUGCCCCAAAGAUAAGAUGUCGAGUUGUGGGUGCAUAUUUCGAGAAACUUGGUUCAAAAUCUUUUGCAGUGUAUUCUAUUGCUGUGACUGAUGCAGAUACCAAGACGUGGUUUGUGAAAAGAAGAUACCGAAAUUUUGAACGACUUCACAGGCAACUGAAGGAGAUACCUAAUUACUCAUUGCAUUUGCCUCCAAAGAGUUUUCUUUCAUCUAGUAUUGAUGAUUACCUUGUGCACCAACGAUGCAUUCUACUGGACAAAUAUCUUCAAGAUCUGUUGUCUAUAGCUAAUAUUGCAGAGCAGCAUGAAGUUUGGGAUUUUCUGAGUGCGUCAUCAAAGAAUUAUUCAGCCGGAAAGUCCACCUCUGUUAUGAAAACCUUGGCUGCAGUUAAUGUUGAUGAUGCCAUGGAUGACAUUGUUCGACAUGUUAAAGGAGUUUCAGAUGGUCUCAAACGAGCGGUCAGCACAUCAUCCCCGAAUGCACCGUAUUCACAGUUCGCAGACAAUAGGAUGUCUCUAUCUUGGAACCAAGAAGAGAUGAACAACCAGAAUCAGCACAAUAGAAGCAUGGGAAGUGCUCAUAGUCUUUCUGAUGGUGAUAGUAACUGUGAAGAUCGUCCCUCUUCUGUGAAUAGUGCAUGCCACUCAGACAAUGAGUUCAACAAUGGAGGUUAUGCUUCAAGUGAUAAUAAGCCCAACGAAGCAUGCUCUGGUUCUGAUACACAAGUAAACCAACAAAUAGAAAAACCUGCAAGGGCAAAUUCUGAUUCUACGAAUAUGGCAUCUAUAAAAUCACUUGAGGAUCCAACGGGAAUUCCUCCUGAGUGGAUGCCAACAAAUGUUAGCGUGCCUAUAUUGAAUUUGGUCGAGAAGGUGUUCCAACUAAAGCGACGUGGUUGGAUAAGAAGACAAGUUCUCUGGAUAUCAAAACAAAUCUUGCAAUUAGUUAUGGAAGAUGCGAUUGAUGAUUGGAUUUUAAGACAGAUCAAUUGGCUACGAAAAGAUGAUGUCAUUAUACAAGGAAUCCGUUGGAUUCAAGAUACUCUCUGGCCUAAUGGUAUAUUCUUCACCAAGUUGGAAGCAUUGCAUGGAAAUGCAGGUGCGAGUCAAUUUGACAAGCACCCAUCGGGGAGUGUAGAUGAGGCUACUGGCAAUAGAAAGGGCAGUACAGGCUCUUUUGAGCUUCAGCUGGAGGCAUCUAGAAAUGCCAGUGAAGUUAAGAAACUUCUUUUAGGGGGUACUCCGUCUACGUUAGUCAGUAUAAUUGGGUACAAGCAGUACCAACGCAGUGCAAGGGACAUCUACUACUUCCUCCAAUCCAACGUGUGCGUGAAGCAGCUCACUUAUGCAGCGGUAGAACAGGUGCUUGUGACACUCUUCCCGGAGCUUCAACAGCUCAUAGAAGACAUCCAUGAGAAGGGUCGCAAGGAGCAAGCCUCGUUCACUUACCAACUUUGACUGUUGGAGAUCCUGAAAUACCAUGAAGGGCUUUACAUCCAAGGCCUGCAACCAUUUUCUUCCGCGGAGCACCAUCAAGCAUGCUGCGCCGCAAUUUUUGCCCGAACGGAUUUCGACAGUGUGAAGUUGGAUCCAGGGGACGAAUGUUGCUUUCCCCCCACUAUAAUAUGUACAGCUGUAUAUCAAAUUAGUCCCCCCUUGAUGCAAUCUAGGCCAUCAAGUUUGAUGUGAGCUCUCGUAGGGAGUUGGUUGUAACGUCUCAUUCUUUAAUUCUUUUUCCCCCCAAAAAUUAAGUUAAUAUCUUUAGACCCGGGCUUAAAGGGCAAAGAUGUUCAAGUGUAUAGCUGUACCAUUUUCGUUUUGCCUCUGCCUGUUGUUCUGUUGAGGAGAUCAAAAUCGUACUCUAGGAGAUGAGCAAUUGAGCAUCCCCAGCUCCAAUGGAUUCCAUCUUGAAAUCUCUUGAAUAUAUCCUUAGAUGAAAAUGUAUUUCCAAGAAAUU